AUGCAGCCUGCCAGUUGGCAAAGGGAACUCCUGGUCAGGAAGUGUAUCAAAUACCUGGCAAUCCCGGGAUACCUCGCAGAAGAGUGCGGCGGUUUUUUUCCCUGUCCCGAGCUCCCCGCCUUCCCGUCAGGUCGCUGCGGGAGCGGGGACAGCGGCUUGUUCGCUAAGUGUGCUGAAACUCUGGGAAAUAAUACGGAGCAGUAUUUCAGUGCCAAAGCAAAAAUCAAUGGGACUUGUGCUCUUAAGUGGUUUGAGAAAUCCCACUUGUCACUGGCCGCAUCUCAUAAACCCGCUGCUGCAGCGGGGCACGUCUCCUUGGAGCACCUUUGUGGGAAGGACUCCCGGCUGCGAUGGGCACCCUCUCGGUAUCACACGAUGCGCACGUACGCCUGCUGUUGCUUGAAGGACAAAAUGACAACAGCUGGGACGCCGAAAUGGGACGCCGGCGAUCGGGGAGGACGAGGCAGGAGGGGUGCUCUGCAGGUCCCCCCACGCCAUGCCUGCCCAGGGGAAGGGCCCCCGGGCGCUGUGCACCCCAGGACGCCCGCCCCCGGGCCCCCCGUCUCUCCUCAGCGCCCUGCCUCGGCGGGGCCUGGCCGCCGUCCUGCCCCACCGCAGAUGGAGCCCGGCCCCAGCCAGGGGAGGCCGCGCGUGCCGCUCGUUUACGUCAACAGCUUCGGCUCCCACCGCUGCGGCUCCAUCAUCCGCUACGGCUCCAUCAUCCGCUACGGCAGGGGCUGCCGACAGGCUGGGGGGGGCCCGGCUGGGCCCCCGCUUUCCCAGCCGAGCCCCGUGGGGGAGGCCCGGAGGCAGAGGGCCGCCCCGGCACCAGGGGACGAGGCCGACCCUGGGCCGCCCGCCGCCGGUGGCGGGGCGCGGGCGGUGGGGAGCUGUGGCGUGGCGAAGCCCGUCGGGCGCCAUGGAGGUGACCUUCGAAAGGCCAAGGCUGACACCUUUGACUUUCCCUUCCCUUCAAGAAAUGUCGAUAAAGUAAUUAAACGAAAGAAGCAGAAGUCCAAAGUCUGGCUUAAGGUCUGGAAAAUAAUUUCAAAAAUGCUUGAAGAAAAUGAAAAGUUCAGAAGUCGACUUGUGACUUGCAGUCAGUUUAAUGGAGAAGGCAAUGGUAUGAACCAAAGUUCACAGAAUGAGGCAUCCUACCUGCACAGGGAGAAGUCCAUCUUUGGCUGGGUAUAG